AGGACCAACGAUCAUGCGUAUUGCUGUCAGAGCAAAGGAGCGCCGCGAACACUGUUGUCCAGACUGCUGGUACUACGUAUCUGGAGGCGAGCAUUGCACCACAGUCGUGUCUAGACUGGAAUCGCGUGUACGGCAGCACAGUCAGUGGCAGUCACGUGAUCGACCCAGACGGCCCGUACACCGGUCUGGACCCCUUCCCAGUCUACUGCGACUUCCAAGAGAAUCCACCUGUUGCCAAAAUAUACCAUAACAAGGCCUCGGUCACCGUAGACGGGUAUGAGCCAAAUGCCUCCUUCCAGACUGACGUUGUUUACGAGUUGUCCAUGGCACAGAUGCUCAGUGUUAUUAACGCAUCAACGAGCUGUAAACAGUAUUUGAAAGUGAGGUGUAUUGGGACGUACUUUUUUGGGUCGCUAACAGAGGCAGGGCACAACAUCUACUGGAGUUCUCGCGAUGGUGAGAGGAUGCUCUACUGGGGCGGAGGAAAUCCGAACGGAUGGGGCUGCGCAUGCGCUCUUGAUAAUACCUGUGUUUCCUCCAAUCUGGGGCUUUGCAACUGUAACACUAACGACGGCAACUGGAGAGAGGACGAGGGCUACGUCACCGACACAUCCAAGCUGCCCGUGUCUCAGCUUCACGGAGGAGAUACCGGAAGUUCCGGUGAGGAAAUCCAUUUCACUGUCGGCCCCCUCGAAUGUGUUCUCUAGAGUUCACGCGAGAUUUGUUGUUCAAUCUUCAGGGGACCACAAUAUAUGCUGUGAACGUCUCACGUUUUGUUACCACUUUUUUCGUUAGUUAGAUGCAACGGACUGCUUGAAGUGGACCGGAUACAGUAUAAUUUUAGUGAAAAUAUAGAAUAUGCCACAAAGAAUGUUGCUUUUUUUAUACAUAGGAGGAAAGACAAAUAUAAAAAGUAGCGGGACCCAUUUUGGAACAAUUUUGACACUUUUUCUAUUCUUGCUUAGAAGUGGGUUGCUAAAUAAAUGUGAAAUUUGUCACACAUCAAGAAAAUACAUAACCGUAUAUGAUAACACAUAGGCAGCCAUUUGUAGAAUGUAAUACAAGCGCCUCA